AUGCCAGGCUUCGGGGUUACGUUGCAGUCCUUCUCAGUAUCGCAAGUGCCGAGGGCGGGAGAGGUUAACCCUGAGGCAGACAAGAGCUCCGACGAGACGCUACAGGAGAAGGACUCAAUCGCCGCAUCACAGAAUGGGUUCAAGUCCGCAAGUCAGGUAGAGGAAUUUACCCCGGAGAGUACUGUGCCACCGCCACCUCCGGAUGGCGGAUUGGAUGCAUGGUUGACCGUACUCGGUUCAGUACUAGUAUCCUUCAGUACGUUCGGUGUCGUCAACUCCUAUGGAGCGUUCAGCGAUUACUACAAGACAACCUAUCUGUCUCAUUACUCGGCGACGUUGGUUUCCAUGAUUGGGGCUGUUCAAGUUUUUAUCCUCUAUGGACUGGGUGCCUUCUCCGGUCCCUUAUUCGAUGCGUACGGCCCCCGGCUCAUGAUUCCGACCAGCGGCUUAAUCGCCACCUUUGCCCUCUUCAUGCUGUCAUUAACGCAGCCGCAGAAGAUCUGGCAACAAUAUCUUACUCAAGCCAUUCUGUUCAAUAUUGGCGCCUCAAUAGGGUUCUUCCCGGCUGUGUCCGUCAUAGCUCAUUGGUUUAAGCGCAACGCCGCUUACGCCAUGGGAUGUGUAAUUGCAGGCGCAAGCGCGGGAGGGAUUGUAUUCCCGAUCAUGAUCCACAAGCUAAUCCCGAAGAUAGGCUUUGGAUGGACGGUCCGAGCUAUCGCGUUUAUCAUUGUCGGAUGUUACAGUAUCGCAUGCGUGACGAUCAAGACCCGCCGUCCGCCGAAGCCUCUACCCCCGUUCACGCGCAUGGUGGACUUCGGCGCGUUCAAGGAUAUCCGAUUCGCGCUUAUGGCGGUCGGGCUGUGGCUGAAUAUUAUCUCCGCCUUCAACCCCUUCUUCUACAUCGGCCUGUACGGCAUCACGACCGCUGGCCAGAACGUCCUGACGCCAUACUUGUUGACUAUCAUGUGCGCUACAAGUAUUGCCGGACGAGUUCUGCCUGGUAUUAUUGCGGAUAAAGUCGGUCGGUUUAAUAUUAUCACCCUUGCUACCCUCCUCUCGGGCGUACUGAGUUUGGCCAUGUGGUACACCUCGGACAAUGAGGCAGUCCUCGUGACAUACGGAGCCCUCUACGGGUUUGUAUCCGGUCCCUGCUUCUCUCUUAUGCCUGCAUGCGUCGCUCAAAUCUCACCAAUCGAGAAAGUCGGUGCACGCGUCGGGAUCCUCUUUGGCUUUCUAUCUACGGGUGCGCUCCUCGGUACACCCGUCGGUGGCGUCUUUAUCAAAGACCAGACGAAACCAAACUUCCAACACCUUAUCAUUUACACGGGAGUAAUGGGUAUCGCCGGAGCUUGCUUCCUCUUUGCUGCCAAGUUGAAAUGCAAUUCGCGAUUGACUGCUAUCGUCUAA